AUGAAGAAGCGAGCCGAGUUGAAUGAUAAACUGCAAUCCCUUCUCUGUCCUACCGACAAAUGCAGCAUGUCUGCGAGAGUCGUUAACCUUUCGAAAAGGAGUCUAACACCCGCCGAGAUAAGCCUACUGUCUAAAGGACUUAAAUUCAAUCAUACCGAUGCAGCACCAACAAACUUCCUAGCGAGUCUUGAAUCCGUCCUACUGGCUUCUGCUAUCCCUGAAGACGUGCGUGCGGACAUACGCAGUUGUGCCAGUGGUCUUCUUCGACAGAGGAAACGUCACCGUAACUUGACCGUCGAUGAAGAAAAAGGGUUUCGAUCUCUGAAGACUGAUGACAGUAUCGUGGUUGUACCUGCUGACAAAGGAGGCGCAACCGUCAUCAUGGACAAGGUUGAUUACGUUCGAAAAGCAAACACUAUCUUUAAUGACAGGGAAGCUUACGCACAACUCGCUGAGGAUCCGACGAAGAAGCAGGCCGCGGUUAUAAAGAAGAAGGUGAAUGAACUCGCGCGACUGAAGCUGAUUAACCCAAAUGACUCCAAAUUAAUUACUCUCACUGACCCCCGUAUCGCGCAUGGCUAUGGCCUUCCAAAAGUGCACAAACCAGAUGCACCGUUGAGGAUGAUAGUGCCACUCAUCGGGUCGCCCACUUACAACCUAGCCAAAUGGCCUUACAGGCAUCUGAAGCACCUCGCUGAUGGAUCACAAUACAGCAUCACAAAUUCUCAGGCAUUCCUUCAAAGGAUUGAAGGUCUUAAAGUAAGUCCUGAUGAAAGUAUUCUAUCAUUUGAUGUUGUCGCAUUGUUUUCCUCAAUACCACAUGACCUUGCCAUUGAGAGCGUGGCCCAUCGCUUACGAGACAAUCCCAUCGACCUUCCAACACAUCACGCUCUAGAAUUGCUUAAGCUCUGCCUCAAUAACUAUUGCCAAUUCGAUGGCAAAUACUACCAGCAGGUUAAGGGCACCCCAAUGGGUUCGCCAAUUUCGGGGCUACUUGCAGAACUAGUCUUACAACGACUAGAACAAGAUGUUGUGCAAAGUUUCCAACCAAAAACGUGGCUCAGAUACGUAGAUGACACAUUUGUCAUCGUUAAGACCUGUGAAGUUGAGCGAUUUCACCAGAGCUUGAAUGGCGCCUUCCCAGCACUACAAUUCACUCGUGAAGAAGCAAAAGGAGGCACCUACCCGUUCCUAGACGUGAGCAUACAAAAGCUCAGUGACGGCGGCAUCGCAACAAGCGUUCAUCGGAAAAGCUCUGACGCUGAGAUCAUCCUGAGCUAUCAGAGUAACCACCCAGCAGCCCAUAAAAGAAGCUGUGUUCGGACCCUUUUCCACAGGGCCUAUCGUUACUGCAGUAGCGCCGAUUUACUCAAAGAUGAACUGGCCUACUUGCAUAGCUUUUUCCGACUCAACGGAUACCCGGCGAGCUUUGUGAAAAAUUGCCUCAGACGUCAGCAACAACCACAAAACGUCGACUCUAACGGAGACAGGGCAUCACGGAAAUUCUAUUCCCUGCCCUACAUGCCGAGAAUUUCCGAAGCGAUCGCUCGACAAUUAAAUCGAUUCGGCAUCUCCAUCGCCCACAAACCGGCGUCUUCAUUGCGCACGACAUUAUCCCGGAUAAAAGACCCCAUACCGAAGGAGCAGCAAACAAAUGUCAUUUACCGCAUUCCAUGUUCAAACUGUUCUAGCGUUUAUGUUGGGCAUACCGGCCGACGACUUGGGACCCGCAUUAACGAACAUAAGUUGGCCAUCCGCCGACGGGACCCCUUGUCUCUCGUGUUUGCGCACUCACUUGAGUGUGAUCACCGCUUCAACUGGGAGGGGACCGAAGUGAUCGCUAGUGCCAACACCAAACAAGCGCGAGAGUUUCUAGAAGCUUGGCACUCUAAUAGCAAUAGCAUCAACCGCCAUGUCGACUUGGACGCUCAAUACGAAGGCUUACGUUCACGGUUCGCCGGCUUGCGCCCACCCUAA